AUGCCAAACACUGAAGUAUUAGAAGUAUCAGAAAAUCCAGCAAUUCUAGAAUCAAAAAAACGGAAACUAAGUGUUUCGACUGUUUCAACUACACCACAAGCGGACUCUCCGAAAUUGCUCGUUAAACGUCUUAGUGAAAAAGCUAAACUACCCGUACGUGCUUCUCCACUGGCUGCUGGCUAUGAUUUGUAUAGUGCUGUAGAAAUGGUUGUUCCAGCUAAAGGAAAAGUUUUGGUUCCUACCGACAUAUCAAUUGCACUUCCCGAAGGAACAUAUGCACUGAAACAUUUCCUUGACUGUGGUGCCGGAGUUAUUGACGCUGACUAUCGAGGGCCGGUUGGCGUUCUCUUGUUCAAUUUCAAUGAUAAAGAUUAUACAGUUAAAGAAGGUGAACGUAUUGCUCAAUUAAUUCUCGAAAGGAUAUAUACUCCAGAAGUAGUUGAAACUGAUGAUUUGGGAUCGACUGAUAGAGGAAUUAAAGGUUAUGGAUCAACUGAUUCUCAUGAGAUUAGUAAUUCUCAGGUGGAUUAUAUUUCAAAGUUGAGGUUUAAGUUAAAGACUAUGAACUUAAUCAUUGAAACUGAAAUUAUCGUACAGAUGGCUGACAGGAAAAAAAUGGAACAUAUGCUUGCCCAUCCUGG